UCAUGAGUGUUGAUAUGAGCUGAGUAUCCUUCCAAAAUGUAAACAAAAAUUGAAUAUCCCGCGAUAUUAUUGAGCGAAUAUAUUUUUUUGCAUUUUGUAUUAAAACAUCGAAAAAUUUAUUAUUAAGGUAUUCAAUAUUCUCCAAUAAUGACAAGUUCUUACACUAAACUGGUUUCAAAUAAGUUCACGCAGAUCGUUGGACAUAAAUUGAACGUCCCGCGACCAACCUUUCAAGUAAGGAAAGGAGCUGUAGAUCCCGAAGUUCAUCUCCCUGUAAACAGUUCUUUCGGUGAGGUUGAUUUUGGACAGUCUAUCCCCACCGAAGCUGACUACCACAUCAAAGAUGUGCGAUUAUGUGGUGAAGGAAAACAUAAAAAGAUUGUCAUUGGAUUGUGCCGGAACCAGUUUAUUCAAAGUGUUUUAAAUGAUUCCUCAACGAAAAGGCGAAGUUUGACAAAAGCGCCUAAAACGCUAAUAGAAUUUAGUUCCCCCAACAUUGCCAAGCCGUUCCAUGCGGGUCAUCUACGUUCCUCUAUCAUUGGCAACUUCCUUGCCAACAUUUACUACCAUUUGGGACAUGAUGUGGUGAAGCUAAACUAUCUGGGAGAUUGGGGAACUCAAUUUGGAUUCCUGAAGAUGGGCGUUGAGUUGAAGGGACUUUCCCGCGAAGACAUUCAGCGGAAUCCAAUCACGACGCUGUACGAGGCGUAUGUCCAUGCCCACAAGCAGGCAGCUAAUAACGAGGAACUACAGUUGAGGGCGAGAAAUAUAUUUUCGGAUAUGGAACAGGGGAAGCUAGGUGAUUUGAACGAAUGGACCGACUACCGGGCCUAUACGGUGGAUGAGCUCCGAAGCAUGUAUGAUCGAUUAGGUAUAACAUUUGAUCAUUACCACUGGGAGUCACAGUAUGGCAUCAACGAUAUUGCUGACGUGGUGUCCCUGAUGCAAGAUAAGGACAUUUUAUUUUUACAGGACGAUGGUAGAAAAAUAGCAAAGGUGGGCGCUCGUAAAGUUCCAAUUGUGAAAAGCGACGGUACGACGCUUUACCUGACGAGAGACAUUGCAGCAUUGAUAGAUCGCCACGAGCGUUUCAAUUUUGAUAAGGCUAUAUACGUGGUGGAUAACUCGCAAACUGACCACUUUGCAGCACUUGUGUCGAUAGCGCAGCAAAUGGGACUGCGGUACGCCGCGGACAUAGUUCACGUGAAAUUCGGACGAGUGCUGGGAAUGAGCACCAGGCAAGGCACGGCAGUAUUUCUCAAAGAUAUUCUGGACGAAGCGGAAACUCUAAUGAGGCACAAACAAAUCAAUAAGCAAACCACCAAAAUUGAUGUCACCAGCAACCCGGAGAUUACGGCCAUCCUCGGAACGACAGCAGUAAUCAUAAACGAUCUAAAGCAACGCCGUAUGCGAGACUACGCAUUUAGCUGGGACAAGGCCCUGCAGACCGACGGCGAUUGCGGUAUCAAGCUGCAGUAUACACACUGUCGUCUAUGCAGUUUGGAGAGAAACACCGAUGAACUCUGCGAUAGCGAAACAUGUCAUCCAGAAUUGCUACCAGAGGCGGAAGCGUUGAAUCUGAUCUGCGAAAUUGCAAACUACGACGGCGUACUAGCGGAUGCUGCCGAUAAACAAGAAGCGUGCAUUCUCGUCAACUACCUGUUUGGUUUAUGUAACGCUACGAAUCGAUGCUUCUUGACGAUGAAUGUAAAAAAUGAACCAUUAAAGGAAAGAAGAAUGCAAAAACUGAAGUUGUUCAACACAGCUCGAAAAGUUCUGCAGCAUGGAAUGCAAAUACUUGGUUUGAAACCUUUACAAGAAAUGUGAUAAUAAAUAAGUCUAGGAAAGUUUGAAUUACUUUUA